CGUACAACCUGAUGAGCCAACAGCAGGCCUUUCUGAAUUUAACACAGUGACAACAACCAUUAGAGUGAUUUAAGAAGUGUGUCCUUACUGUUUUAAAGUGUAUUCAAGAAGAGGAAGAACAUAUGAAUGAAAGCCAGGAUGUCUGAAGAGUUGUCCCUCAACAUAAACAUCAAAGAGCCACGAUGGGACCAAGGCACAUUCAUGGGGCGUGCCAAGCACUUCUUCAUGGUGACAGAUCCCAGGAACGUCCUGCUGUCGUCUGAGACUCUGGAGGAGGCCAGAGUGAUCAUGGAGAACUACAGAGCGGGAAUUGUGAAGCCUGGCCUGACCGAGGAUGAGCUCUGGAGAGCCAAGUACAUCUAUGACUCCGCCUUCCACCCCGACACAGGGGAGAAGAUGUUCGUGAUUGGCCGGAUGUCCGCUCAGGUGCCAAUGAACAUGUCCAUCACAGGCUGCAUGCUCACCUUCUACAGGACUACUCCAGCAGUGGUGUUCUGGCAGUGGGUUAACCAGUCCUUCAACGCUGUCGUCAACUACACCAACCGCAGUGGAGAUGCCCCCAUGACCGUGAAUCAGCUUGGUGCAGCCUAUGUCAGUGCUACUACUGGAGCUGUGGUCACUGCACUGGGACUCAAGUCUCUAGCUACGCGUCUCCCUCCAAUCGUCAGCCGGUUUGUCCCCUUUGCUGCUGUUGCUGCUGCUAACUGUAUCAACAUUCCCUUCAUGAGACAGAGGGAGUUGAAGUACGGUAUCCCUGUGAUGGAUGAGAAUGGAAACAGGUUAGGAGAGUCCGCCAACGCUGCCAAGCAGGCAAUCGUGCAGGUUGUUGUGUCAAGGAUUGGCAUGGCAGUGCCAGCAAUGGCUAUUCCCCCUGUUAUAAUGAAUGCGUUGGAGAAAAGAGCUUUCAUGAAGCGGUUUCCAAUUCUAAAUGCUCCAGUCCAAGUGGGGCUUGUCGGUCUGUGCCUGGUAUUUGCAACUCCUCUCUGCUGCGCCCUCUUCCCACAGAAAAGCUCGAUGAGUGUGAGUGGACUGGAAGCAGAUCUGCAGGAAAGGAUACGAGAGAUCAGUCCCAACACCACCACGGUCUACUUCAACAAGGGGCUGUAGGCCUGCCUCCACACACACACACACACACACACACACACACACACACACACACACACACACACACAUACACACAUACAUUAUAUACACAUAUAUGUUGUCUUGUGGGCACAAGUGGGAGGGUAAAACAAAAUUUUU